GACGGAGCUGGUUAACUUUUAAACUUUUCUCCCUUCCCGAAGACAAACUUUGAAACGCCUCGCUCCGGGCAGGUGCCGAGCGGGCAGCGGCGGUGGCUCACGGGCUGAGGUGCGGUGCUCUGCAGCCGGAGGUGCGGAAAAUUUGACCUGAAUCUCUGAACCAAUGAAGAAAUGAAAGGACGGAACAUACCAGCUGUCGUGAUCUGUUUAUUUCACAUCAGUGCUACACUUUGGGAUUUUACAGAACAGGAAGAAGUAACAGGGCUGUUUUCCAAGGAUUGCAUCCUCCCUUGUCGUUUCCCACCUGGGCAUGAUGAAGUAAUUCACUGGAGCAAAGAGGACAAAAAUGUGCACAGUUACUAUCAGCAGAAGGAUCAGCUGGGAGAACAAGAUCCACCUUACAGACUCAGAACACACCUUUUCCAUGAGAACAUCCCUAGUGGAAAUGCCUCCUUGAAACUUAGUAACCUGACCAUGGCUGAUGAGGGCUCUUAUACCUGCUAUGUGGGAACAGCGCAACAUCGAACAGAAGUGGAAGUGCAGCUACACGUUAAAGCUCCUUCUUCUUAUGCACUGGAAUACCAAAAGACAAACACAGAAAGGAGACUGAAGUGCUAUGCUUUUCUCACUUAUCCAGCACCAACUAUAUCUUGGGUACAGGGCAGAAUAUCCAUCCGAGAGACAGAUCGGGAGGAAACUAGUAAUGGAGUUCUCUCUUCUCUUAGAAGUGACAAGGACAUUAUAAAUGUGACAGAUACUUAUUACUGUCACAUUCAUUUGGAUCGUGAAGUGUGGGGUGCUGAAUGGAAGAUGCAAGACCACCUGUCUAAGGUGGAAGGAGAGAGCACCAUAAUUCCUUGUGAAUACGGCCUUGACACUGAAAGCACUGACGCUUUCAGUGUUGUCUGGACAUUACACAGAAACGCAGUGACCUCAGUCCUGGCCUCCUUCAAUGGCACAUCUCACUCUCACCAGCCUCGAGUCCAGGUUAACGAAAGUGACUUUUCGCUGAGGUUGGAUCAUCUUACUGCAGGCGACAGUGGAGAAUAUCUGUGUAAUAUUUCAACACCUCUCUACACAAAACUUGCUGUGACAACUUUGCACGUCGAAAAUUCAGGUAACACUGGGAAAGUUGUGCUAGGAGUGCUUGGUGCUGUGGCAAUAGCAGUGGCAAUAGCAGUGGUACUUUGCUAUCUCAAGAAAAAAAAGAAAAGAGGAAUCAUAUGAACACGAACACCUUGACAUACAGGAAGAAAAUAGUUCUCUGCACACAGAUACUACUGACUCUGGUGAUGAAAAGAACAAAGAGUUCCUCCACCUUCCACUUUGAGUUACAAUAAGAGCCACAUGGAAAUGUGAUUUCCUGAGCAACAGUAACGGACAAAUGGAGAGGAAAAAAAUCAAUGGACACUUGUAUGUGAAAAGUCAUGGAGCAGGGCAUCUCACCCCCCCCAUGAGCUUAUCUGCUGCUUUUUAACUGGUGAGUUAACUCAAACCAGACAGAGCUGUUGUGUAGUGAGUUAUUUUGCACCAUGGGAUUGCCACCUGGAAGGGCAAACUGGAAUUCUGACUGACAGGCACCUGCCUUGACAAACUAUAUAAGCUACAUCAAACUUUCACAGAGCAGAAAUAUUCUGCACAUUUUCCUGGAAACGUGGAAUUUCUCCUCAGAGCAGGGAUGCCUGCUUUGCAGUUAUUCCUCCGGAGGCUGACUAUUUCUUUUGCUAGUUUUAAUAUAGGUAUCUUAAUAUCAUGCACUGUUUUAUGUAAUCUGCUGGUAGUUCUUUUGUUUUAUACUGUGUCAUAGUUAACUCAGGCUAAGCCCUUUCAUGUGUUACCUCCUGUCUGUUCAAUAAAUAACUCAUUUUAUAUAAA